CAGAGAUAAGACAGUCAUCAUCAACAGAAGUGUCUCCACAAUACCCACACAACUCAGCACGUGUUCUAUUACACCUCCUUUAUAAUGUGUUUUCAAGUUGUGUGUUUUCUUCAAUCGAUAUAAUACCAGUUUACGUUUGUGUGUGUGUUUCUUUGUAAGAAUAUACUUUUGUGUUUUUGUGGUUGUUCUACGUCAAUUCGUCCACCGUCCAGCCCAGCAGCAUGAGCCCCCGAGCCACGCCCACGUGGGCGGGGCCUCCUCACCACCACACCCUCGUAUUCCUGGCCUCCGUCGGCGCCUCCCUCGUGUGGUUCGUCCCCUCACAGCUCUCUUCUCUCAAGGCAAUGUUCUUCAAGUGCCUCCCUGUUGUCAUUUUGAUUGACAUGCUGUGUUCCAGGCUCUCGUCCUCUCCCUGCUGGGGGAUGCCUUGCUGGUAUGGCCCAAGUACUUCCUCCCGGGGACGCUGGCCUUCGGCGUGGCCAACUGCCUCUACAUCUACGCGUGGGGCCUCCGUCAGGCGAAUCUCGUCACCGGCGCCAUCAUCUACCUCUCCGUCGCCGUCUGUCUGGCGUGCCUCCUGCCCAAGGCUCCCCCACACCUCCGGGCUGCUGUCACCGUCUACAGUUUCGUGUUGGUGACGAUGCUGUGGGCCGCGGUUAAUAGGUACAGACAACGACGGAACCUCACGUGGCAGCACCGAGCCUGUACUCUCGCAGGUGCAUUUAUCUUCGUGGUCUCAGACGCUUGCCUGGCACUCCUGCAGGGCCUCAAGCUGGUGCCAUUCCCUUACGGUCGCCUUCUCACUAUUCUGACCUACUACACGGCACAGUUCCUUAUUGUUAUUGGCACUGAUUACGGUAGAGCCAGGUAGUGAGGGGAUGAAGUUGUGUAAAA